UGGUAAUACACAUGCCUCCUGACGGUUGUCCUCUAAAUAUAAACUUUCAAAGUGCCUGAUAUUACUGCAACCAAAACGAACAGUCAUCUAAGAGUAAGUUAAACUGAAUGUAGUGUCUCGGACGAGGUGGAGAUGACUGCUCGAGGAUCACCGAGUCGUUUCUUACAGAGCGUUCUUCACAAUGGAGAAGGUCGGUACGUGUGUCAGCUAAAGAGAAUAUCUCUGAUCUUCUCCAAGAAAGGACAGGGUUCUUUAGGAGUCAGGGACUUUGUUGAGGAAGGCGUGGUCGACUUUGCCAAGAAGAACCCAGGAACUGUGGUUUACAUCUCCCCUCAGUCCUCCAGAAUUCCAAAAAUAGUAGCUGAAUAUUUGAACGGCAAUGUGAAGGAGGAGACCGUCACCAACAAAACAUCACAGCAGAUUGCUGAAUUUAUAACGAAGCUGUCCAACCAGUCAGGAUUAGACAUCAUCCGCAUUCGUAAACCCUUCCACACAGACAGCCCCAGUAUCCAGGGCCAGUGGCAUCUUUUCACAAAUCGACCCCCCAGCAUAGAUCCAGUUGGCCCACGAUCAAAAUAAGAACAAUGUAUUUUAAUUUUGACUUAUUUAAGCUGCAAGAGUGUGAACGUCCUCUGCCACAGCACUAAGUUCAGCACUCAUUCAUUCAUACUGUGAUGAUUUAAAGGAAUAUUUCACCCAAAAAAUAAAUAUUCUCUCACAAUUUACCCUCAUGCCAUCCCAGAUGUGUAUGACAUUUUUCACAAACAAAGAUUUUUAGAAGAGUAUUUCAGCUCUGUUGGUCCAUACAAUGAUAGUGAAUGCUGACCAAAAAUUUGAAGCUCCAAAAAGCACAUAAAGGCAGCAUAAAAGUAAUCCAUACGACUCAGUGGUUUAAUUCAAUGUCGUCUGAAGCGAUCCAAUCGCCUUUUUCACCCUAAAUAUUGACAUCAGCAGUCCUCUUGGCGAUCAUGAUUUCAAGUUUGAUUACACUUCCUAGCGCCAUCUAGCACUCAGCGCAUGCGUCAAGCACUAGGAAGUAUAAUCGAGCUUGAAAUCAUGAACGUGCCUUGAGACUGCAAUGGCAAGGUGUUACAUUUUGGUCUGUUCUCACCCAAAACCAAUUAGAUCACUUCAGAAGACAUGGAUUAAAGCACUGGAGUCGUAUGGAUUACUUUUAUGCUGCCUUUAUGUGCUUUUUGAAACUUCAAGUUUUGGUCACCAUUCACUUGCAUUGUAAUGACCAACAGAGCUGAGAUAUUCUUCUAAAAAUCUUUGUUUGUGUUCUGCAGAAGAAAGAAAGUCAAACACAUCCUCGAUGGCUUGAGGGUGAGUAAAUGAUGAGAGAAUUUUCAUUUUUAGGUGAACUAGCCCUUUAAGAUGAUACUUUUCUGUUUGAUGAAUCAUGCAUUAGUCUAUGCGCAUAAAUCUACAGUAACAGCAACACAAACUUUACAAACAAAUGAGAAAAGCCUGGCUCUCUCCCACAUACGGUAUAUCAGAGAAAAAAAAAGCAAAAGACAGCGGGCCAUAGACCUUGAUCAGGUUGGCAGUGAGAACAUUAUGUUGAAUGUAAUCAGUAUCAACAAUUUUGGCACUUGAUUUCAAAAGCAGCACCUCUGUUAGCAGAAUUUGGAUAAUAUUAAUCACAAUGUUGUUCAGCAUAAUGCAUCUGUGAUGACUUCAGCUUAUUUAUGUAGUGGCUGUCACUUAGAGCAACACAGUAGACGAAAACCAAGUUUCCAGGGAGAUGAAAGGUUGCACAGAAAUAACUUAGAAAGAUAACCCAAGGCUGAGCAUUUAAUCAAUGAAAGCCAUGUUCUAAUGAAUCAGUGUACAAGAGAGAAGUAUAUUUAUUAAAAUGUCCCAUUUAUUACAACCAGUUGAGACUAGUGCUCUGAUCACAUCUUUUCUCCCCUGUGAAAACUAGCUUGACCUAUUAUGUGGAUUAAAGAAAGUUCUAAAUUAAGAGCUGUGUUGCUAAGUAACAGAUACAAAGGGGACAUAGGAACAGGCAUGAUACAGAUGGGGGUCUGGUUAAAAAUCGCCUGCUGUGACAAACAUUUGUGAUUUGGUUUGGUCAAAUUUCAUUUUAAGACUUUCAUGCAAAAUAAUACUUAACUUUGGGAAUCACAAGAUACAGAAAACUUAACGACAAUAAUAAAUCCUUUCAUAGGAUGUACUCAUCAGAUAUUGUUUAAAACAAUAUGUAGCCUAAUAUACUCUGAUAUAUAAGCAUAAACCUUUGGGAAAAUAUUAGGUGCAAAAAGUUCUGUGAGAUUACAGGGAAGGCAGUGGAUAUUCACAAACACAAUAACUGCCACACUGCUAACAUUUAAAAAACAAACAAACUAUGAAUCGCAUUUCAUGAAUAGAAGUGUACAUUAUGCAAACUUCACUUUUGCAGCCAUUUUUGCAAUGACUUUUAACCAACUGCCUCCAAGGUGGUUUUGUAUGUGCCCGUGCUAUCUUUAUUUAAAAUAAAUAUCACUGGGAUUGAUAUUUUGUUAUCUGAUGCAAAGACAUUCAUACAUUUUUAAGUGUGAGGGAUGGAAACCGAGAACCUUAUUCAUAACCAAUUCGAAUUUUGAUUCUGUUGCAUGCAACUCUCGUGAGAUAGUUAACUAUAACUCUCCACCUUUGACCAGCACCAACUAGUAAGUGGCUGAAUGUGACAGUGAAAGUGUAGAUUUACAGUAAAAAGGGACUUAAAUAUGGAUCUGUUUCUCGCCCACACCUAUCAUAUCGCUUCAGAAGACAUUGAUUUAACCACUGGAGUCUUAUGUAUUACUUUUAUGCUGCCUUUAUGUCCUUUUUGGCAUUCUGAGUUCUGGUCACCAUUCACUUGCAUUGUAUGGACCUACAGAGCUGAGAUAUUCUUCUUUGUUUAUGUUCAGCAUAAGAAAGAAAAUCGUACAAAUCUGGGAUGGCAUGAGGGUGAGUAAAUGAUGAGAACAUUUUAAUUUUUGGGUCAACUAUUCCUUUAAAUCAAAUUAAUUACUGUAUGGUUGUUGAUAUGACAAUGUGUAGUUAAACACACAAAAUGAGUUUUGUUGUAAUUAGUGGUAUUAAAAUAUCUCAAUUAAAAAGUCUAUUAUCACACCUUUUCACAACAAUCUGUGCUGAUAAAAUAUGAAAUGAUCUCAUUCAUUGGUAACAGGCUGCUGAGGGAUCUAAAUCCAAUAAAAAUAAUUGUUUUUUAUUUCCAGAUACUUCUUCCUCAAAAGUACUAAAAUAAUCAUUAAUGGAACCGUUAAGGACUCUGAAUCGUUAAGAAUUGGGAACUGUCAGUUCUUUAAAAUUCCCAUCCCUAGACCACAUACUUUUUGGGGCAACUUUAUGCAAUAGAAAGACAAAAGGAGGACUGAUAAAAAAUGUUAAGUAGAUCAGACAAAGGUUGGACAAGGCAACAGAAUUACCUAGUGACAGUCACCAUCUGGGUUUAAAGGAAAGAUAGCAGGGCACAUACUCCUCACAAAUGUAUAGGGGAAAAUGAACAAUUAAAUGUUAUGACAAUGGUGUCAGAGUGUGCGAAUGCAAAACAACAAUAAUUUGUGGAAAAAAUGGUGAGUUACACGGUGAACAAAAGACAAACUCAGGUGCAGGAUGUCAGACUGACAGCAGCAGUGUCAGUUUUUCCAAAAGUGUUUUAAGAAAAAGACUACAUAGUGCUAUCUACAUCUUGAUAAAUUCUUGUUAACCAUUGCUGUCCUGUCGGCAACAGUAACAAAUAGAGCAGCAUGAGCUGGGAAAGCCACGUGGGAGAGACAGGCAGUGACUCAAUACUUUGUACAAGGCAUCAUCACUGCUUAUUAACACUGUUUACAAACCAGUGCAAAACCAGAGUCACAUUACACACACUGGAGACAAGAAAUACAACUAUAUAUAAAUACAUAAAUGUCUGAAUUGUGUUUGAAGCAAUUUGUGAAUCUGAAUGAAACAUAACUAGCCAGGCACAUUGUCAUGCAGUAAAUGAACGGAUUGCAAAUUCCAUGAUUGCAUUAAAACAUCUCAAUAAACUACAGUGUAAUGGAA